AUGUUUACAAACUCAUAUAACAGUAACAGUAACGGUAACAAAGACAACAACAAUAGAAACAGCAAUAACAACAAUAAUAAUAAUAGUAGCUUCGGCAUCACAUCAUAUUUAUCAUCAUCAAACAAUCAAUCAUCAUUCGCCAAUGGCCCAUCAUCACUUUCACAAAGUGGUCGUGAUCAUCACAAUCUACUCUCGGCAUCAUCGACAUCAUCACCCCUGUCAAUGAAUGGAACGGGAAUGCACUCUGGCUAUGGCUCAGGCAUCAGCCUCUCGACAUCACGCAGUGGCAGCAGUCAGGAUCUCAACGAUGAGAGCUCCAACCUGAAGGAGCUGGAAGAGUCAGUAGAGCGAUACAAGAAGGAGAACUUCAGUCUCAAGACCAAGAUCUUCUACAUGCAGGAGAGUCUCAAGAAUGGCGGCAUGGGCGACGCCACAGUCGUCGAGCUCAAUAUCAGAAUCAAAGAGCUGACCACCGAGCUGGAGGAAAGGAACAAACUGCUCGUCAAGCUCAGGAACGCCCUGGAGGGCCAGAACGAGAAGAUGAAGAACUGUGUCUGCGACUUUGGCAAGAACUCUGCUUAUGGUGCCAGAGGUGCCGCGGCGACGACGCCCGUCUCGAGCCAGGAUGAUCUUCGCAAGAUCAGACAGUUGGAGGAGUCACUCAAACAGGCCAACUCUAUGAACGACCUGCUGAAGGGCCAGCUGCAGAGAAGUCAACAACAGAUGCAUCAGCAACAGCAACAGCAACAGCCAACUGUGGACACUAGCGCCUACGACAAGAUCAUCGAUGAAUACAAGGACCAGGUGGCACGUCUCACAGUCAUGCUCAACAACAAGGACCAGAUGAUGCAGCACGCCAACAACAACAGGGCGGAGCCAGCCGAGCUGCGUAUGCAGAAGGAGCGCAUUCAGGCACUCGAGGACAACAAUCAGCAAAUGAAGCGCGAGUACACCACGCUGUGGAACCAGCACAAGCAGAUGCUCGACGGUCUGGAGAGGUCAAAUAACAGCGCCAACGAUAGGAGUGCGCAGCUGCAAAGACAGUUGGACGACGCCACACACAAGUAUGACACGUUGUUCAACAAGAGCGAGGUGCUGGUGGCGCAACUGGAGCGCGUAAAGAACAAAUGUUUGGAGUUUGAGCGAGCGAUCAAUGACAAGGACGUAGAGCUGGCCAGUUUAAUAGCAUCGGACAACGCACUCAGAGAGGAGUUGAUGUUUGCAAAGCAGGGCAAUGACGCAGAGGACAGGUAUCGCGCAGAGGAGAUCACCGCCCUGCGUGGUCAGAUCAAGCGACUCAAAGACAAGCGAGACCAGAUGGCUGAGGAAGGCGCCGUCAAGGAGUCGGCGAUGACCAACAACAUCGAGGAGCUCAAGAUGAGGAACCAGACACUGAGCAGCGAGCGAGCCGAGCUAGUCGAGCGCAAUGAAGAGGCUCGCCUGGAGAUCAAGAACCUGAGGACCGACGUCGACAAGUACAGACAGGAGAAGAUAGACACAUCCAAGAUGCUGGACGACGUGGAGCGUGAGUACCGCGAGCUGCGCGUGGAGGUCGCUGAGAGCAUGAAGAAGCGCGAGAACAUGGACAAGGAUCGCUCGACACUGCUGCAGAACUACGAGGACAUCAACAAGAGAUUGUUACUCUCGGACGAGAAGCUGCGACGCACUGAGGACGAGCUCAGACGGGCUGUGGCCCAGAAAAAGGCCGAUAUGGCAGAGACUUUGCAUCAGCACGAGCAUGAGUUUACAUCAGUGCUGCUCGAGGUGUUGGACAAGGUCAGCGACGAGAUUGGUCUGGAGGGCAGCAGUCGACUAAGACAAAACGGCAGCACACACGUGGACAUACAGCUGGUCAAGAACAUGCUGUUUGAGAGGAUUGAUCUGCUGCAGAUGUCGACAAAGGAACUGCUGUCGACGACCAUUGGCACACUGGAGCAGAGGCUGGACCGCGAGAUGGAUGGAAUGCUUGAGCUGGUCGAGCACAAGCUGAACGAUCUCAACAACGUCGAACAGAACUUCAACAAACUCAGACACACAUACUCUGACAUGGUGAACCAGUAUGAUGCCGAUGUCGAGGGCGUCAGACGCGCGGCAACAGUCGAGUACAACACACUUCGUCAGGAGCUGACCACACAACUUGCCAGGAAGGACCAAGAGAUCAAUGGCAUCAGGGAACAGUACGAGUUGAAGUUGAUGAACUACAGCGAUGAGCUCGAGAACAAGAAGGAGGAGCUGGCCAAUGCUGUCAGGAGACAAAAGAGUGGUAUCCAAGCACCGAGCGAGAGCGCACAGAUGUCCAACCUGCGCCAGGAGCUGGCACAGAUCAAAUUGGAUCAUCAAGAGGCCAAGCGAAAUGUUGCCCGACUCAAUGUGGACAAGGCCAGGAUAGAGAGUGAGGCCAACUCAAGACUCCAACAGCUCAAAUUCAAUCAUGACAUUGAGAUACAGUCGUUGGAGAAGGAGGUGGAGCAUCUGAAGAGAUUACAGAGACAGUGGUCUGAGGCGCCAGUGCAUGCCACCGCGCCUGUUGCCACAGCUCCCGCCACACCAGUCGCGCCAUCCAACAAUCUUCAACAAUCAUUCUACUCUAGUAUGGGACUGGCAAUUGACACGAUCGACCUUCACAAGACACCAUCACGUGUUGCCAAUCUCAUUGAGACUGGCAUCAAUGACUAUGAGGAUGUCAAGCUUGCCAGGAGUCCAGCCGCCGCCAAGUAUCUAAUUGAUAGAUUCAGAGAAUUGGACAAUGAGAAUCACAUUACCAAGGAUAUGAUUAAUAAGGUGGAUGAUAAUAUCAAGUUGGCAAAGAUGAAGUCACCAGCAAAGACAAUAUCAUACAAGGACUACCAAGAGGAGAAGAGGGAGAGAGAGUCCAAGAAGCAAGAUGCAUUCGAUUCCAUUAACCAACAUAUCAACUUUUUGAACCAACUAAUGGCACAGCCAGACUUGGCAACCACCGACCCGAACUUCACCUCCAAGAUGGGUUCAUUGCUUAAGGACGUAAAGACAAUGGAAGUCAAGAGGAAGUUGUUGGUACAUGAGCUUCAAUCAAGAUCGAAGAAGUUGGAUUAUGUAGUCGAUAGUUAUAACAAUUUAGUACAGGGCACUCCAACAAACAAUAAUGUGGUGCCGAUCGGUACAUCAAGCAAGGCAUACCCAAGACAACAACAACAAAUCAGUACAACACCCUUGGACGAAUACCGUAGCACAAACACUCAAGUACAAGUACCAUUGUCCAUCCAUCAUACAAACAACAACAACGACAUAGUGACUCCUCCCUCUGCCAAUGGAUUCCAGCCACUGACCACAUCUCAACUUGGCUCAGGCCAAAUGUACAGAAAGCAAGGCCCUGCUGCCCCUGUUGGCGGUGUCAACAACCAAAAGGCCGUGACAUUCAGUCGACAGCCAGACAAGACCAUCACCUAUGAGCCACUGCCACUGCCCAAUAACAUCAACAACACCAACAGCAAGUUCACACCACAGUCAAGGUUUGGUGCCACUGCCACAUCAUCCCACAACAUCACCAACACCACCACCAGCACUUCAACUACAGUGAGCCGACCCACUACCGAUAUUAACAAGGCCAAGCUUUCCAACCUAAGUCGGAAGCUGGACCAUGCUGAGAGUAAAACAACAAGAUAG